CGGAUGCCGCCUUUCUUGGACUACGGCCUGGCUUUCUUCCUCUUCAUCGCCUUCAUCUUCGGAGUAACUGGGAACGGGGUUACUAUCUGGAUUUUCCUCAGGACGAAAUCCCUCCGAACACCGCCCAACAUGCUGAUUGUCAAUUUAGCCUUUAGUGACGUUGCCAUGGUACUUACAAACUUUCCCCUCAUGUUUGCUUCAACUCUCCAAGGGAGGUGGACAUUCGGACAAAUGACUUGCGACAUCUACGCUUUCUGUGGAGCCCUGUUCGGGUUUAUGUCCAUAACAACCAUGACAGCCAUAGCGCUUGAUAGACACUAUGUGAUUUGUCACUCCAUGGAGGCCAUGCGCACAGUAACUAAACGGAGGUCCCUCUACAAGAUCAUACUAGUGUGGAUCUACAGCAGUAUCUGGUCCCUUUUGCCUUUCUUCGGCCUCGGGGCGUACGUCUUAGAAGGCUACGGCGUGAACUGCACCUUUGAUUAUAUCGAUCAAUCCCUGAAGAAUAGAAUCUACGUGGGGACGAUCUUUAUUUUCGGCUUCUUCCUCCCGUUGACUAUCAUCAUCGGCUGUUACGCUCACAUCGCUUACACCCUCCGCGUGCACCGUCUACAGCUCUUGAGUGUCCAGAACGACCUGAGGGGCUCCGGUAACGACAAGGCGCAGGCUGCCGCGAUCAGGAAGGUCAAGAAUGAUAAGAUGGAGUGGCAGAUUGCUAAGAUAGGCAUCAUGCUCACCGUCUUAUUCUGUGCGUCUUGGAUGCCGUACGCGUCAGUGGCUUUUGUUGGAGAGUUCAUCGAUGUUAAGUUAGUGACGCCAAUGAUCCAGGUGAUACCAGUUGUGCUCGCUAAGAGUUCCGCCAGUUGGAACCCGUUGGUGUACGCUAUCUCUCACCACCGCUUCAAGGAGGCACUCCGAAACCGCUUCAUGAAGUACUGCUGUGGUGGUAUGGAACCCAAACGUCACCCCUCCACCACGCGGUCAAUGUCAAGCGACAACCGCGGGAACACCGACUCGCGGGCCACCAGCGUUCGCUCGGUCAUAUCGGAGCCGGACAGACGGGAGCGGACCAACACAGUCAUGUCGACAGUAUCUUCACGAACCACCGAAAUCGAGCUGGAUUCUGGCCAGCAGAAAAGACCAGGAAGGAGCUCUUUGAAGGGUGGCCGAGAUAGAGCGCAAAAUAGCAAUAAUAACAACAACAAUGCGGCAAAGGGCGACCAGAGGCGAAGCUCACUACCAGAUACGUCACCAUCGGGUGACACGGGCAACGUCAACCUGGUUAUGGCCAAUAAGUCAAGAGAAGGAGGCAGGGGACAAGACUCGUAUGCAGCGUAUGAUAACCCGGCAGCUGUUCUCAAUGAGAAAGAAGAGCUGACCAAGUUAUGAGAAGAGAAGCUUUACAACACGAAUCAAACCACUUAGCACAUUAUCAUCAUAAUUAUACUGACACAUCGGUAACAAUAUAUUGUAUCUGAUCCACAGAAUGAGGUUUGGUUUUUAUAGUUCACAAAAAUAGAUACGGUCCACAUCACCGCAACAGUGGGUCUGAAUUCCAGAGCAGAGCUGACCCAGUUAUGGACCAGGCCACAAAACAGUGAGUCUGUGUUCCUGAUCAUUCUGACCCAGGACCCCAAUUAAUGACCAGGUUGCAUAACAGUGGGUACGGAUUCUGGAUCAGCCUGACCUCGGACCCAAUUUGGAGCAGGCCACAUAACAGUGGGUGUGAAUUCCUAUUCAGAUCUGACAAACGGAUUCCAAAUAGACCUGACCCAGUACCUUAACAAGGACCAGGGCACAAUUUCAUAGCGCUGCUUAGCGGCCGAUUUUGUGCUUACUGUGCAAUUUCCAUUUAAUAGCGCUGCUAAUCGUAAGCACACGAAAAGGCAUGGUAACCUUCCGGUGUUACCGCACGAAAAUAAAUGACGUCACAAUACAAAUCCACGGUAAACACGCAACAUGGCCGCCCAAUUGUUCUGCUAACCAGUGAAAUACGCUAAGGCUUAAGGAUUUUUUUCUCAGUAAGCACGUAAAUUUGCUUACCGCUAAGCAGCGCUAUGAAAUUGGGCCCAGGUCACACAACACUGGUGUGUAUUCCGGAUCAGAUCUGACACAAGACCCCAUAAUGGACCAGGCUGACCCAUGACCCCAAAUGUGGACCAGAUCUAACCCAGGACCCUGUUGGACCAGG